GUAACAGUGAGUGCUGCAAUGCAAAUGUUAACAGAAGUUUUGUAUAACACUAGCCGUCCGACUCACUCAACACCACAACAGCUACAACUACAAACGCCUGCUGCAGGCCGCUUCCUUCCCCUGCCUGCUGUCUACUCGCGGAUAAUUUUGCAGGUAACCUCUCGUCUCUCCCGAGCACAGCAAAUCCAUCAAUCCAACAGACCAACACAAACCCAACCUGCCCCCGGCCGAUCGCGCAAACCCUAGCGCCGUCGCCUCCCUCUCGGUUCUACACCGUCCUCUCCAGCCUCGCCCGCGUGCACCGCAGAUCAGGGGACGUACGUCGCCCGCGCGCACCGCAGAUCAGGCAACGUACGUCGCCCGCCGGAGAUCGGAAUUCUGUAUUUUUUUCCUUCUGUGCUCGCGGCUGCUACGGCGAUGGCGGGCGGCGGGAGCAGGCGCGCCGGCGCGGCGGAGCAGCCGAAGAUCGGCAGCGGCAACGUCUUCGCCGCGCUCGAGACGCUUAAGAAGAAGAAGAAGCCGGCGGACAAGGGGGCCAAGCCCGCCGCCAGGGAGGACCCCAAGCCAGAGGUCUUCUGGGCGCCCGCACCGCUCACCGCCAAGUCCUGGGCCGACGUCGAGGACGACGACGAUGACGACUAUUUCGCCACCACCGCGCCGCCUCCCAGGCCCGUCUGGGGGGACGCCCACCGCGACGCUGCCAAGGACCAGCACGACGCGCCCGCACUGGAAGAGGAGAUUGAGAGUGAAGAUGAUGGCCUUGAUGAUGAGGUUGAUGAUGACGCUGAUGAGGACCAUGAGGAUAAAGCAGAUGAUGCUGUCCCUGCUGAACCAACCGUGAAGAAUGCGACAGCUCCACCUGCACCACCCAAAGAUACUGAAAGACAACUUUCCAAGAAGGAAUUGAAGAAAAAGGAACUCGCUGAACUUGAUGCUGUUCUGGCUGAGUUGGGCCUUGGCACAUCAAACAAUUCCAUACAAGAGGAACCCAAUGGUAAGAAAGGUGCAGAUCAAGUUGCAGAUGGAGAGAAAAAGGAAGAUGCACCUGCUCCUCUAGAAAGCAAGAACUCAAAGAAGAAGAAAUCUAAGAAAGAAAAGUCUUCAAAGGAGCUAAAGGAAGCGCAGGAUCAAGCCAAUGGGUUGGAAGCAGCAGCUGUUGCAGAACCUGAUGAAGAUACAGCCUCUGUGGAUGUCAAGGAGCGCAUAAAGAAGGUAGCCUCGAUGAAGAAAAAGAAGUCAAGCAAAGAGAUGGACGCUGCGGCAAAGAUUGCUGCAUCCGAGGCCGCAGCGAGGAGUGCCCGGCUUGCCGCUGCAAAGAAGAAAGAGAAGAGCCACUACAACCAGCAGCCUGUGCGGUGAACUCCCCUGGUCUGGUGUCUCUAGAAACCUUUUGAGCUCUGAUGUCCCCUGUUCGUUUUGGACCUGCAAUAAAACUUUUGAGACUGUUUUUUGACAUGGUGGAGGUGCCGUCUGAUGCUCGUUUUGGGAAUUAAAUUACAUAUAGGUACAUAGGGGUUGUCUUGUCGCUGGAUUCUGUUUGGUGUAAUGAGCUAUGAACUGUUCGUCAAUCGUCAUAUGAACCCUGCUGACUAUUUAUAUGGAAAAUGUGGGAUAUUUGAUACCUAA